AUGUGUGUGAAUUCAACAGACAGCCAAGGGGGUGUUCACUCUAGUGUGAUACCCCCAGUAAAGUCUAACAGUGCAAAAUCUUAUGUUGGACCUGAUCUUCUUGCCCGUCAGGCCAUGUACGAAGAAUCUAUAAAAGAUCCUUCUGCAUUUUGGAGCAAAAUAGCAGCAGAGAAUUUUUACUGGAAGGAGUUAUGGCCUUCAGAUAAGGAUAUAUUGGAGUACAACUUUGAAAGGAAUAAGGGAGAAAUAUUUGUCAAGUGGUUUGAUGGUGCGGUUACAAAUGUGUGCUAUAACGCACUUGAUCGACACUUACCCCACCACAGAGAUCGUGUCUGUUACUACUGGGAAGGGAACACAGAAGAGGAAAGUAGGAAAGUAACGUAUGGGGAGAUGUACAGAGAGGUGGUGCGGAUAGCAUCUGUAUUAAAGCAUCAUUAUGGCGUCCGUAAAGGUGACAACAUUACUCUGUACCUACCAAUGAUCCCCUUCGCCGCGCAGGUAAUGUUGGCAGCAGCACGUAUUGGCGCCGUCGUCUCCGUUUUGUUUGCGGGGUUCUCUGCACAGGCACUUGCCUCCCGCAUCUUGAACUGUAAAAGCAAACUCCUUGUCACUGCCGAUGGCUUCUUCCGUGGGGAGAAGCCAAUCCCUCUAAAGAAGAUUGUGGAUGAGGCCCUUGCUGAGUGUGAGAAAAAUGGACACAAUGUCCAAUCUCUUGUUUGGGAACGAUACAACCGUGGGAAUGUGUCAAUGAAGGAGGGUCGUGAUGCGUGGUACGCUGAUGUGGCUGCGACACUGACGGACGAGCAGUUGUCGAACUGCCCGGUGGAGUGGGUUGGUGCGGAGGACCCGCUCUUCAUGCUGUACACCUCCGGCAGCACCGGCAAACCCAAGGCGGUCGUGCACACCACUGCCGGCUACAUGGUGUUUGCUGCCACCACCUUCAAGUAUUCCUUUGACUACCACGAGGAUGAUGUGUACUUCUGCACGGCGGACAUUGGCUGGAUCACCGGCCACUCCUACCUGGUGUACGGCCCCAUGUUGAAUGCCGCCACCUCCAUACUGUAUGAGGGGAUCCCGACCUACCCCACGCCCUCCCGCUGGUGGGAGCUGGUGGACAAGUACGGCGUGACGAUCUUCUACACCGCCCCCACGGCGAUCCGCUCGCUGAUGAAGUACGGCGAUGGGCCUGUGCUGCGCACCUCCCGCCGUACACUGCGCGUGCUUGGCUCCGUUGGCGAGCCGAUCAACGUGGAGGCGUGGCACUGGUACCACGGCGUGGUGGGCGGCGGCCACGCGGACGUGGUGGACACGUGGUGGCAGACGGAGACGGGCGGGCAUCUCAUCACGCCGCUGCCGGGCUGCACGCCGCUCAAGCCGGGGAGCGCGUCGCUGCCGUUCUUCGGCGUGGCGCCGCUGCUGCUGGACGCGGAGUCCCACGCGGUGCUGUCGGGCGCGGCCGAAGGGCUCCUCGCCGUGGGCCGCCCGUGGCCGGGGCAGGCCCGCACCAUCUUUGGCGACCACGGCCGCUACGAGCAGGUCUACUUCCCCUUCAGCGGCUGCUAUCUCACGGGCGACGCCGCCCGCCGGGACGCGGACGGCUACUACUGGAUCACAGGACGCGUGGACGACGUCCUCAACGUCAGCGGGCACCGCAUCGGCACAAGUGAAGUGGAGGAUGCCGUCAACACACAUCCCGACGUUGUAGAGAGCGCCGUCGUUGGUGUCCCACACGAUGUGAAGGGAGAAGGUAUUUACGUCUUUGUCACAUUCCACGAGCACGUCAAAGUAGAUAAGGCGUUGCUGGAAGCCGUACGGGUCACGGUCCGCACUGUUAUUGGACCAUUCGCCACACCGGAUCACAUCCACCCCGCUCAGGGAGGACUGCCAAAGACGCGAUCGGGAAAAAUUGUUCGCCGUAUUCUACGCAAAAUUGCUGCAGGCAUCUUCGACGAACUUGGUGAUGUUACGACACUCGCCGAUCAAGCAGUCGUAAGCAAACUCAUUGAAACGAGGAAGUCUGAUAUCCUGUAA